AUGAAGAUGGCGACGGCGACGAUCAGUGGGACUGGUGAUCAGGAUGGGCAGCUUCCCUCGGAAGCGGUGCACAGAAUCUUCUCGAGACUGCCGAUCAAGUCACUGAUGAGAUUCAGGUCGGUCUGCAAACUAUGGAGGGAGCUCAUCGACGAUCCACACCUUUCCACCAUGCACACGCGUAAAGACACCGUCCUCCUCCACCACCAUGCAGGCACUAUAUCUGCCUUCACCCCUCGUACAUCCGACGAUGCCUCGAUGAACCUCCGCGCCAUGUUCAAAUCGCCGGAGAUCAAAAGAUGCAAAGUGAAGGCCGUUGGUGAUGGGCUUCUCUGUCUCAGGCACGAAGGCUUCAAGCCUCAAAAGGAUAUAUGGUACAUCGCCAAUCCAAUCACAAAGCAAGUCCUGAAGCUGCCGAAGCCACCCACAGAGUGCGAGUGUCCAUACGGGUGUGCAUACGGCAUCGGGUUGGACCGCUCGAGCGCAACUCCCAAGGUGGUUCGCGUGUUCUUCCCGUCUUAUGAAUCGUGUUUCAGUUACACAUUGGGGGCCGAAGUGUACGAUUUACGGGAGAGAUGCUGGCGAAGGCCUCGCACGAGUAAGGUCUCUAUAUUCCCGCCGAGAGUUGGAAAAGGGGCCAUAUUAUCAGAAGAGAGGGCCAUAUGUGCCAAGGGAGGUAUUCACUGGUUCAAAGAGACUGAUUUGGCAGGACAAGGAUUUGAUCCCAAGAUAGUUUCCUUCGACCUUGGGAAGGAAGAGUUCUCUUUGCUGCGGCCCCCGAAGUUCAAAAAUCCUGGGAGCGAAACGGGGUUGUUCGAGGUGAGAGGAUCCCUGGCGAUAGCAAAUCAUUCCUUGGCGAGACGUGUGGAGGUUUGGGUCUUGGAGAGCAGCAGCAGCAGCAAGUGGACAAAGAGGUACAAGAUUGAGUUCGCAGCAUUCCCAGACAAUGUCAAGGUCUGUGUGACGCCGAGGAGGGUGAGAUGUGUGGGCGAGAUAGAUGGGGAGAUGGUGUUAGUGAACUUCUGGGGCAUGCAUUGUUUCGCUUUCUAUAAUCCCAAACAGAGGAGGUCCUCUCGGGGAUUCGACUUCGAGCACGUCCCUCAUGUCAGUCUAUCUCAUAUCUUCGCAUUCACGCCCACCCUCAUCUCGCUCCAUUUGUGAUCAUACCAUGGCCAAG